GAAGGCUGGCGUCUCGGUGCAGCAGCCUCGGCCCCGGCAGCAGCAGGCGCAGCAGCAAGCCCCGCAGCGGCGGCAGCCCCAGCGCCAGGAGGCCAAGGCCAAGGCCAGGCUCUGCGCGGCCCUUGGAGUAAUAGCCGCGGCUUCGGCGGCUGCGGGGGCGCAGCUUCCUCCGCCAGCGGCCUUCUCGUCGGCGGCCGCGGCCGCGGUGCCUCUCCUGAGCGCCCAGCGUCACCGUCCCCGAAACCCGGCGGCGCGGCCCUCGGCCCCACUCCCUGCCCCCCAUCCGUCUCCUUCUCGCUCUCUUCAGCCGCCCUUCUUGCCGCCGCCUCUGCCGUUCCUCAGGCGGCCCGGCCCGGCCUGCCCGCCCCGCGUCCCCUCCGGCCGGUGCCUUUCCCCCCGGCGGGCUGCCUGCAUGUCUUUGCUGCCCUCAGCCCCGCCGCCACCGCCGCCGCCGCCUCCCCCGCCGCCGCAGCACCAGCACCAGCCGCCCCGCCGCCGCCGCCGCCGCCGCCGCCCGGACCCCGGCGCGUUGAAUGCAGACUAAUAGGGAUGCCAAAGGAAAAAUAUGAUCCUCCAGAUCCUCGCAGAAUUUAUACCAUCAUGUCAGCAGAGGAGGUAGCCAAUGGGAAAAAAUCUCACUGGGCAGAAUUAGAAAUCUCGGGUAGAGUGCGGAGCUUAAGUACAUCACUUUGGUCAUUGACACACUUGACAGCGCUGCACCUAAAUGACAAUUACCUUAGUCGCAUUCCACCUGAUAUUGCCAAGCUUCAUAAUCUGGUUUACCUGGAUCUGUCAUCCAAUAAACUCAGAAGUUUACCAGCAGAACUAGGAAACAUGGUGUCUCUCAGGGAAUUGCUUUUAAAUAACAAUCUGUUACGGGUUUUGCCUUAUGAACUUGGUCGGCUCUUCCAGCUACAAACUCUAGGUUUGAAAGGCAAUCCUUUAUCACAGGAUAUUCUCAAUUUAUACCAGGACCCAGAUGGAACCCGAAAGCUACUGAACUUCAUGCUUGACAAUCUUGCAGUUCAUCCAGAGCAGCUUCCUCCGAGGCCAUGGAUUACAUUAAAAGAACGAGACCAAAUUCUGCCAUCAGCAUCAUUCACGGUUAUGUGUUACAAUGUGUUAUGUGAUAAAUACGCCACCCGGCAGCUAUAUGGCUACUGCCCAUCCUGGGCAUUAAACUGGGAAUACAGGAAAAAGGGAAUUAUGGAAGAAAUUGUUAACUGUGACGCAGAUAUCAUUAGUCUUCAGGAAGUGGAAACAGAGCAAUACUUCACUCUCUUUCUGCCAGCAUUGAAGGAGCGUGGAUAUGAUGGAUUUUUUUCUCCAAAGUCACGUGCCAAAAUCAUGUCUGAGCAGGAGAGAAAGCAUGUGGACGGUUGUGCAAUAUUCUUCAAAACAGAAAAAUUUACAUUGGUACAGAAGCAUACAGUGGAAUUUAACCAGGUGGCAAUGGCUAAUUCAGAUGGAUCCGAAGCUAUGCUGAACAGAGUGAUGACAAAAGAUAAUAUUGGUGUUGCUGUGGUAUUAGAGGUCCACAAAGAACUAUUUGGAGCAGGUGUGAAGCCUAUUCAUGCUGCAGACAAACAGCUGCUUAUAGUGGCAAAUGCCCACAUGCAUUGGGACCCAGAGUAUUCUGAUGUGAAACUCAUUCAGACCAUGAUGUUUGUCUCAGAGGUUAAAAACAUUCUGGAGAAAGCCUCAAGCAGGCCUGGCAGCCCAACCGCAGAUCCUAAUUCCAUCCCGCUGGUGCUAUGUGCAGAUCUUAACUCAUUGCCAGAUUCAGGUGUUGUGGAAUAUUUAAGCAAUGGAGGAGUAGCUGACAACCAUAAAGACUUCAAGGAACUAAGGUACAAUGAGUGUCUUAUGAACUUCAGCUGCAAUGGAAAGAAUGGAAGCUCAGAAGGGAGAAUCACACAUGGCUUCCAACUGAAGAGCGCCUAUGAAAAUAACUUGAUGCCUUACACCAAUUACACCUUUGAUUUCAAAGGCGUGAUUGACUACAUUUUCUAUUCCAAGACUCAUAUGAACGUGCUUGGUGUCCUGGGGCCUUUAGAUCCUCAAUGGCUGGUUGAGAACAACAUCACUGGGUGUCCACACCCUCACAUCCCUUCAGACCACUUCUCACUGUUAACACAACUUGAACUCCACCCUCCACUCCUGCCUCUUGUCAAUGGUGUUCACUUGCCUAAUCGGAGGUAGUGGAGUACUGCCCCGCAAAGACGGGGAUCUGUUGCUAUGGACCUGUACAGUUGUAAAUCAAAGUAUGUAGGAGUGAAGUAUGGCCAUCCUUAAGCUGCUUCUUCAGGUUCCUUUCAUUAUGUGUUUGCUAUACGAUUUUGUACAGUUUUGUGCAUAUUGGUAUCAUUUGGCACUAGGGCUGGAACCAAAGUAUUACUCUCUUUUCAGAUUUUUAAUGUAACAUGUUUUUAGUUGAACCUUCUUCUUAUAUGAGGAGUCAGCACUCAUAAUUGAUAAAUCAUCAAUUCGAGGCCCAACAACAGUGUAUUUGUUCUUCUAAAACAUACACUUUCUUUCAAACAGUUUCAAGUGAGACAGCCAUUUUUGUAAAAAGGCAGUUUUUAAAAACUAUAAAUAGAAGAUUUUAAACUGAAUGAUGGCUUGCCUUGCAGGAAACUUUCUUGAAUUUCUGUUUUCCAUGAUGAUAAACUAAUUUUUGACUCCCCAGUCAUUUGCACAUAAACAGAGCACUUAAAUUUGCUGGAUCUGUACAUAAAUUGGCCAUAAUGAAAAAAGUUGAGAAAUUAAAGAUGGUUGCACAAUAUGCUUUCAAAAUCAAGCAUUUAACAGCACACAGCUAUUUGUUGGGCAAGCGCUGGUUCGUCUUUUUGUUUGUUUCUUGAAUCAUUCUGUAUUUUGUUCCCCUAUUAGUUAUAACCUUACUAGAAGUAUUAAUUCUAGGCCUGUCUCUCCAGUGUCUUUAUGGGAAAACAGCAGGUAAUUUCUACUGCCAUACUUUUUGAAAAUAGUAUUUGGUCUAUGUAAUAUGCCCCCCAAAUUAGCAUCCAGUAUUUUUUUUAAUGAUUUCCAUCCACCCUUUUCUGCCUGGCUGUGCUGGAAAAAGAGAAAGUAUAUCAUCUGCAUCAUUUUUGCUGUUAUGGUGAAAUGUUAAAAAACAAACAAACAAAAAAAAAACUACUGAAUUGAAAAGGCCCUGAUCAAAGUUUUACAAGGAGAAAGCUAUACACAUAUUUCAUGUGUUUCCCAAAGUAGGUCAAGUGGCUGUUGGUUUUGGCUUUUUGAGGUGACAGUGGAAAGGAUUUGAGGUGACAGUGGAAAGGAUUUGGAGGGGGAGAAAGCAGGGGGUAGUUGAAAACCUUGGAUCAUUUUUCCUGACUCUAGUUGCCAAAUGGCCGUUAUAUGCUUUUAACCUUUGUUUCUGUUGUCUGUCAGGGUUGAAUUAAGAAGCUACUGGUUUAUUCCCAAUUAUUGAUGCUCUUUAGAUAUGUUGAAAUCCUUUUUUCACCCAGGAGGGGCCAGUUGAAAAUCUGUGACUCAAGAGGCAGUGAAUGAAAUACCGUUUUCUGGGGGAAAAAUUGGUUGGCUACUUGAUGUUAAUUAUGGCACAGUAACAGGAAAAGGUUGUGUCUGUGUUUUUAAGUUUUUCCUUAUUCUGCUUUUUUGCUGCUAUAAGAGUUUUCUGAAAUUUAUAUUUUAAACUUUUCAUGCACUUUACUGUUUCUAGUCUCAAAAUGUGAUAUUUUUAAUAAACAAGAAAUUUUCCAUUAUGUGAAUGAAAUUUUAAAAGAAAAUAGCCUAUAUUUGUGUCUCACUAAUAUAUAAAGUACAGGUCAAAUUUAAAUUAUUUAAUUAGUUUUAAAUGUAUACAAUUUGUCUCCUCUUUCAAACCUGACAUCUUAGGCUGUUUUAUUAGUCUUAAAUGAUGCAUUUCCUUUGGUGGUUUUAUACUAAUUUCUUCCAUAGUAAAUUAAUCAGGCUACAUAAGAGAAUAUUUCCCCUGAAGGGUAAUUUUAGUGGGAUGAGGGUGGUGGGAUAAUGUAAUAUCAUAUAUGGGAUUGCAUCAGAAGGGUUCUGUAAAGCCUAAACUCCCUCUUAAAAGUGCCUAGUGAUAGAGGCGUUGUUUGUCAUCUGUUAUAAUUGGAAUGUCAUUGUAGUUGAGUGAAGUUUGAUGUAAAUAAAAUAUUCUUUUAAAAAUGUUAAGGUACCAGAAUAAACAAACAAAAUAAAGAAACAACCCUUAAGAUGACAGAUUUUCCUCAAUGUGCAGGUACCCCUUCUUAUAUACCUCAAGCAUUCAACAUCUAGCCAUGCAAAUUGAUUACCUGAAGCAUAGUACUGGAAAGUAGAAUAGCAUGAAAAACUUAAUUUUGUGGACAUUACCUUUUUUUGUAAUCAGCUACUGUAUGUUUUAUUUUAAAUCUUUUGUUUUGUGUGGGUUUUCUGCUCUGGAGGUAUAUGCACUAACAGAACAUUUUCCUCCUUUCAUAUACGCAUGUUAAUUAGCAAUGUGAGCAAUAUUUCCUACCAUACUUCACUCCCAAUAUUUUUUGAGAUGUUUGUAUAAAAUGGAAUUUAAAGUUCACUUAUGAUUGUAUAUGAACCACAGAGGAGCCCAUUUAUUAAUAAAAAAAACUUUUUUAAUAGUUAAAUGUAGAGGGAAAAAUAAAAAAAAAUUGGGAAACAUUGUAAACAGCUUAAGUUUAUUUUGUGUAUGAUCGAGGCACUCUGUUGCAGGAAGGUGUGUAAUUGGGUUCUCUCUGCUUCCAAAUGCACUCUUUCAAACCAUUCAUUAUCCUGUGUAUUUUUAAUGUGGUUUUAGUAAAUGUUGGUAGUAGCUCUGUUGAAGUAGGUAAUUGUGUUAUGUUUUGGGUGGCAAACACACUUGGGGCAUGGUAACCCAGAUUUCAUGUGCACGGUUUCCCUUUAGCCCACUGCCCAAAUUUCACACACCCUUCACCCUUUGUCCCCUUUGUAAAAGGAGUGGUAUCUGUUUUGAGCUGCCAAUUCAGAUGAUCAGAAAUGCUGCUCUCCUCAGUAUUGUCUUGUUAAAUAGACAUUUGGAACUUUGGCAUGAGAAGCCCAAAGGAAGAGGUGAAUGACAUGUGGUAUAUAUUCAAUGAGAGUGAAAUAUUUAUGCUCAUAUACUUUCUGGCUCUCAGAAUAAGUUAAUAAGCUUUUUAUGCCAUGGGGCUGCUGCAUAUUUUAUCUGAAGUUAAAAGAAAAUUUGGGCAUUUUUAGAUUGUGAUAAUGUGUUGUUUUUUUAACUGUUAAAUAUGAUUUCUGAUAUUUAUCUAAGAACUGGAGUGUUCUUUAAAUUUAUUGAAACAGUGUUGUUGGAGGAAGGGUAAACUGCACUGUUUGCCAUUACACCAGUCAUAUGUGUGCGUGUCAGGUCGCCCACUCUCUCAGGCAUCAGUACCCGCCUCAUAGCUUUACACAUUUUGAUGGGGAAUACUGCAGCAUCCUCAGGACUGACAUCUGGGAAAGGCUCAAAUCCACUUACUGCUCCUUGCUUGUUGACUUUGUUUUAAAAUAUUGUGCCUGGUGUCAACUUUUAAGCAACAGCACUGCCUAAAAGCAAGCAGAGAACAGAAUCCCAGCACCAUUCUAUAGGCAACUUUUUAGAAUUCAAAUAUAGUAAAUCUGUUCAAGAUUUAUGAUGUUUUAUGUAAAAAAAAAUUUUGUACAACGUAGCUGAAUAUUUUUGUUUCAUUUCUUUGAUGUAAGGCGUGUGAACGUUCGUUCGAAUAUCACAUGUUAAAGUCAGGUAUGGCACAAUGGGUUCUGAGACCAGCUUUUCCUCCCUCCCAUUUGCCUUGUUCCAAGCUCGCUCUUUUCAAAUUAUUUUUCUGAUAUCCAUAGGCAGAUAUUUAAUUUUACUAAUAAGCAUCCUGUGUGAAUGUAUUAAAGAAGCCACUGUGUUUUAGUAUUGUAGUUUGCAGAAAUAUAAAGCUUCGUUUCUUAUUUGUCCCUA